AUGAGUGGGUUUGUAUUAGUAACAUUGAGAUGGUAUCAUGGUGGGGUUUUGGAUGUCAGUAGUGGGCAACCAAAGCAUAAGGGUGGACAAAUAACAGAGUUUUUGGAUAUUGAAGUGGAUAAGAUGUCCUUUUUUGAACUAAGGGAUUAUAUUAAAGAACUAGGGUAUACUACAAGUUGUUCAUUUUGUGUUAGGAGACCUAAUAGUGACAGUGUUGUAGAAAUCCAAACUGAUAGGGACAUUUUGGAAAUUUCACAAAGUUUUGAAAAUGGGGAUAAUAUUGAAAUCUAUGUCUAUCACAUGGUUGAUAAUUUAGAUAAUGUAGAUGGUCCCAUUGCUUUUUUGGAAUACACUAGCCCCAAUGAGGAAUCUUUGGCUGCUUUUAAUGAAGAAAGGGAUGGGGGUAUCCAAGAAGGGGAUGGGUUUGCUUUUAAUAAAGAACCAGCAGCUACUGAAACUGCAGCACCUGCUGAACCAGUAGUUGCUGAAACUGCUGCUUCUGAAGACCCAUUAAGUAGUGAAUUUCCUAUUCUUGAAUCUGACCAGUCCAUUGAUGAUAGUUCUGAGAAAAGAAGAGAAAGGAUACGAAAUGACCCUAGAGAAAUUCCUGUUGGUGAAGUUGGUCCAGAUCUGGGCUUUGAUGAAACUGCUACUCCUGAUACAAGCUUGAAAGGUAAGGUUGCUGGGGAUGAGCCAGUGUAUAUCAGUUCUGAUGCGUAUAGUGUUGAAUCAUAUACAGAUGAUGAGUCAGGGUCUAGGAGGGCUAGGAGAAGAAUAAUUUUUGACAAAACUGUUGAAAAAGUGAUGUGGGAGUUGGGGAUGGUUUUUGAGGAUGUAAAUGAGUUUAGGGAUGCUGUUACAAAAUAUGCACUUCAAAGGGGUGUGCAGUUAGAGAAAUUUGUCAAUGAACCCAAAAAGGUUAGGGUGAGGUGUAGGGAUAGAUGCCCAUGGCUGCUAUAUGCAAGUCUUGACAAGAAGACUAAUGAUUUCAUGAUCAAAACCUACAAUCCUAAACAUAGGUGUGUCAAGACUACUGGAAAUUACAUGUGCAAUGCUAAGUUUUUGUCUAAGCAUUACAAGAAUAGAAUUACAGAACAGCCAAACAUUAGGAUUAUCAAGUUUCAGCAGUUGAUUAGGGAAGAACUUAACAUACAUGUUGGAAAAACCACUGCCAGGAGAGCUAGAGCUAAAGUUGGUAUUUGGAAUUUUUUUAAUCUUUGCUUUGAUGCUUUGAAAAAAUGCUUUUUAGGUGGCUGUAGGAAAUGUAUUGGUUUGGAUGGUUGUUUCUUAAAGGGAAUAACCAAAGGACAGCUAUUGGCUGCUGUUGCUAAAGAUGCUAAUAAUCAAAUGUUUCCUAUUGCUUGGGCUAUAGUGGAAUAUGAGAAUAAGAACACUUGGACAUGGUUUUUGAAAUUGUUGAUAGCUGAUUUUGGAAUGGGAGAUGGCAGCAACUACACAGUGAUAUCAGACAUGCAAAAGGGGCUUCAAUCAGCUAUGAAAGAAUUGUUACCACUGGUGGAGCACAGGAUGUGUGCAAGACACAUCCUAGCCAACUGGGCAAAAGGAUGGAGAGGUCUUCAACAAAGGAACCAAUUCUGGAAGUGUGCAAAAAACACCUUUGAAUGAGAGAUGAAGAUAAAUCUGGACA